AUGGCUUCUCGGUAUGACAGGGCAAUCACGGUCUUCUCCCCGGACGGACACCUUUUCCAAGUGGAGUAUGCGCAGGAGGCAGUGAAGAAGGGCUCCACCGCGGUUGGAAUUCGAGGAACUAAUAUAGUUGUGCUUGGGGUAGAAAAAAAGUCAGUGGCCAAGCUUCAAGAUGAAAGGACUGUGAGGAAAAUCUGCGCUCUCGAUGACCAUGUCUGCAUGGCCUUUGCAGACUUUAACGCUUCGACUGUCUUUGCAGGUCUGACAGCUGACGCUAGAGUAGUGAUCAGCAGAGCGCGGGUGGAGUGCCAGAGCCACAGGCUGACGGUGGAGGACCCUGUCACCGUAGAGUACAUAACUCGCUUCAUAGCCACUCUGAAGCAGAAAUAUACCCAGAGCAAUGGACGAAGGCCUUUUGGUAUUUCAGCCUUAAUUGUAGGCUUUGAUGAUGAUGGUAUCCCAAGAUUGUAUCAGACAGAUCCCUCCGGUACUUACCAUGCUUGGAAAGCAAAUGCAAUAGGCCGGAGUGCUAAAACUGUCCGGGAAUUUCUAGAAAAAAAUUACACAGAAGAUGCAAUUUCAAAUGACAAUGAAGCCAUCAAACUAGCAAUAAAAGCUUUGCUCGAAGUUGUCCAGUCUGGCGGAAAGAACAUUGAACUGGCUAUAAUAAGGAGAGAUCAACCUCUGAAGAUGUUUAGUGCUAAAGAAAUUGAAUUGGAGGUAACUGAAAUAGAAAGGGAAAAGGAUGAAGCAGAGAAGAAAAAGUCUAAGAAGUCAACCUAA